AAAAAAACACCAAAACCUAUCCUUCAUUCAAAUGGGAAUAUAGCAGAAACUAAAAUCAGACGCGCACAAAUUUCAUUUACUGUACAAUUGGUAUAUAUAUUUCUCAAUCGAAAUCACAAUAUCUAAUUAAUAUGGCUCUCACAUACUUCUUCUUCAUAUUUCUCAUUUCACUAAAGCUCGUCGCAUGUCAAAAGAUUUGUCCAGUCUACAGGUGCAGCGACGCAGGGCAUGAACCGGAUAUCGUCUACCCGUUCGGAAUUAAAGAACAUCAGGAGGUUGGAUGUGGUUACCCUGGUUUUAAUCUUACUUGCAAUAUUCUUGAUAAAACAGUUUUAAAGCUACCACAGUCGGGAGAAUUUCUUGUUCGAAAAAUCGAUUAUGCUAACAAAGAGAUAAGGCUUUACGACCAGAAUAAUUGUCUUGCGCGACGUCUUCAAGAUCAAAAUUUAAAUGUCAAUUUAUCACCUUUCAAGGCUUAUGCUUAUCAGAUUUAUAACUUCUUCAAUUGUCCACCAUCAAUAACAAAAAAUUCAACUACUCUUGCAGUAACAAAAGUUCCUUGCCUUAGUAACCCAACCAACACUGUAUUUGUUACGAUUUCUUCUAGCAGUGAAGUUGAUAGUAAUAUUGCCGAAGCAUUAAUUUCAGGAGGUUGUGAAUUACUUGCUCCUGUUACGGUUCCUAUUCCCUUCAGUGCCGUGAAUAAGGUUUCUUCUUAUGAUUUUAGCAUCGAAGAUCUUUACCUUACUUGGAACGAACCAAAAAAUAUUCCCGCCUCAGACAGCCCUAAAAAGAAGAGAAGUAGUUUUUUUGAAAUAAGUAGUAAAAAGAAGGAAGGGGAAAACACUCGUUUGAACAUAAUACUCAUUAUCGCUGCGGUAGUUCUUGGUAUCUAGUCAGUUGUCAAUCGAUGAUUAAUAAAGGUGCAGAGAAAGCUUCAAUGGAAUGAUUUUUGGUAUUUUCUUAUUUGUAUUUUCUUGUUUCUAAUUAUUUUUUUUCUCCUAGUAGUUGAAUUAACCGCCUACUCCCAUUGUCAAGAACCAAGAUUAUUAUCUUUGAUGUAUUUUUAUUUGCGGGUGACAGCUCUUUGUAUUUAUUGCA